AUGCGAGUAUUCAACUUCCUGGCGUUGUUGCCCAUGGUCCUUGCGAACCCUUUAAUCCAAACGAAGCGUACGACAGCAUGCAACAACUCUCCUGAUCUUUGCUCCAAGUCCUAUGGGGCAAUUACACAUCUGGGCGCCCACGAUAGUCCAUUUGUGCGCGACAGUGAUACUGGCAACUCGCUAGCUGCCAACCAGUAUUACGACACUCCGACGCAACUAUCAGCCGGCGUCCGAUUAGUAACAGCCCAAGUCCACAAGAGCAACUCACAAUGGCGUCUAUGCCAUUCCAGCUGCGACCUACUCGAUGCUGGGCUGCUGAGCACUUGGCUGAAGGAUAUCAAGACGUGGUUGGAUGACAAUCCAAACGAGGUGAUUACAAUCCUCCUGGUCAACUCCGACGAUGCCACAGCUUCCGAUCUCAACACCGAAUUUACAACGGCCAACAUCACUGACUACGCCUACGAGCCCACCUCCCCAGGCACCGCGCCCACAACCUGGCCCACCCUUCAAACCAUGAUCGACGACGGCAAGCGCUUAGUCGUCUUCGUGGCCUCCCUCGACACCAGCACCAGCUACCCCUACCUAAUGUCCGAAUGGACCUACAUCUGGGAGAAUCCAUACGACGUAACCUCGGCGUUGAACUUCACAUGCGAGGUAGAUCGACCGUCAACAUACAAAGACAACAGCGCAUCCGCGCUAUCAGCCAAUCUCCUCCCACUGAUGAACCACUUCCUGUAUUCGAACAACCUCGCGAUCUUGAACGUCGAGUACCCGAACUCCAGCUACGUGGGCACGACGAACGCCGCGUCCGGUGGAACAGGCAAUCUGGGCACUGCGGCGACAAACUGCAAAACGGCGUGGAAUGGGCGACAGCCGACCUUUAUCCUGGUGGAUUUCUUCAAUCGCGGCCCGGCGAUUGAUACCGUCGACAACUUGAAUAAUGUUACCAAUGCGGUUGGUCGCACGUCUGUUACGACCUCGGCGGAUUUGACUAGUGAUGCCUCGUCGCCGAGCAAUGUGUUCAAGGCGCUGGUUGAACUGGCCAAAUCCGCUAGGUCGGGGACCACGGUGUCUUUGGGGAAUUGGAUUUGGACCGGUGGGAACUGGGGGAACAUUCUCGGUGGGGGAAUUUCUUUCUGA